AUGGCCGCUGGUUUGAUAUUUAUUACGGGCGCAACCGGCUUCAUUGGAAGCGCCACUGCUCUUGCAGCCCUGAAAGCCGGAUACAAAUUGCGAGUCUGUCUCCGAAAGCCAUCGGAGGCUCUCGAGGCUGCUCUAUCGGAGUACAGCCAAAACGUUGAAUAUGUUAUUGUCCCCGACAUCACCAACGAAGCCGCAUUCAAAGGAAAACUUGAUGGUGCAGACUACGUCUUGCAUCUUGCCUCGCCUCUAACCCAUGGCAUCGAGAAAGAGUCGUAUUUCGGUCCAGCGGUAAAAGGUACCACUGCCGUCUUGAAUGAAGCUACUCGGGUGCCCAGUAUCAAGAAGGUCGUUAUCACAUCAUCCGUUGCGGCUCUGGUCCCAUUGAAUGGUGUUCCUCAAGGUGGAGUCAUCAAAGAGGACAACGACUGGGACUUGAGCGUGGAUGAAAACGCCGAUUUCACAGAUCCCAGCAAUCCUGCUGGAACACCCAUAAGACUCUACUGCGCAUCUAAGCUGCUCGCUAACAACGCAACCUGGAAUUUCUGGAAGAAUACCAAGCCGCAUUAUGCUUUGGUCACUAUUCACCCAUCAUUCGUCUUCGGGCACAACCCGGUGCAGACUUCCGCGGAACAGAUUAGUUCCUCUUCGAAUGGACUGCUCUGGCAGACAAUCAUGACUGGUAGCCCGGUUGGAUCAGUGACCGGUGUUCAUAUCCAGGAUGUGGCAGACGCGCAUGUUAGGGCCUUGAAGCCGGAAAUCGCCGACGGCUCAAAGUAUCUGAUAUCUGGAAACAAGGCAACAUGGAGCGAUGUGGCGCACAUCGUGAAAAAGCACUACCCCAAUCUCGGAGCCAAGAUUGCAACUGAUAUGGAAGGAAGUUCCUGGCCAACUGACACCACCAAGGCCGAGAAAGAUCUCAAGAUUGAAUGGCGCUCUUUGGAACAGAUGGUGCGGGAGGUGGUGGAUCAGCAACUGAGCUUUGUCAAUCAAUAA